AUGGCACCGAGUCGGAAAAGAGGAGUCAGCAGAGCUACAGCUGCCGCCCGUCGCCAGUGGAAAGUCGGCGAUCUUGUCCUUGCUAAACUGAAAGGUUUCCCUGCCUGGCCUGCCACGAUCAGUGAGCCAGAGAAAUGGGAUCUCAAGUCAGAUUGGAAGAAAGUCCUUGUCUACUUUUUCGGAACUCAGCAAAUAGCUUUCUGCAAUCCUGGUGAUAUUGAACCAUUUACGGAAGAGAAAAAACAAUCACUUUUGACGAAACGGCAUGGGAAGAGUGCUGACUUUAUUCGUGCUUUGGAGGAGAUAAUUGAUAGUUUUGAUAAGGCAAAGAAACAAGACCAUGUUAAUGAUCUCAGCUCUAGUGAAGCAUUUGCAAAUGGUGGGAAUUCUUUGGAAUCAUCCCAGAAAGAUAUCAAAAGUCGGACCGCAGCUUCAGAGACAACUGUUACUUGGAGGGAUAAUCCUGCUCUUCCAGAUGAUGAUGCUGCAGAUGUGCCACCGUCGGGUUCCUUUGAUGAUAAAGAAGGGUUGCUUAAGCAAUCUGUCAGUAAUGUGGAAAAGCCUAUUAUAGCGACUUAUACUUCAAGAAAAAGAUCUGGAGGUUCUCGAUCUAGGAAAUGCGUUAGUCAAAAGAAAGUAGUAUCGCCAGAAAUGCCAAAAAGCUUGCCUCAGCUGGUUUCUGGAAGACUCCAAAAUUCUGCACCAUUGUCGCAGAGUUCCAGAGUAAGCGUAGGGGAUUUACCAAGUGUUUCAGUUAGAGAAGGGUCAGUUCGAAGAACCAAGCACAUCAGGAAAUCACCAGAGGCAGUGGAAGAUGAAAAUAUGGAAUUCCCUGCUCUUGUCUCAAAUGGUAGUGUCGAGGAUGAUCUGUCGGAAAUUGUUUGUGCUGAUUCUGGUUCCGUCAGCUUACAUGAUGUAAGCACUGUUGAUAGUUGUUGUGAAGUAGAACAAUUUGAAGCUGCUGUUGAGCGUUUAGGGGAAGAAGCUCAGUUGGCUAAAUGUCUUGAUUUUCAGAUAAAGGCUGUUGUAAUUAGGAAGAAGAGGAAACUAAAUAGAAAGAGGGCAACAAAUGAGGCAGCUGAACCAAUUGCUCGGCCAGAUACUGGGGCGAAUUUUGAGGUUGGUGCAAAUAAUACUGGCCCAAAUUUGCAACUUAUGUUUGGAAAUCAGAAAGAAACUACUGGUAAAGAAGUUGGAGAUGAGCAUCUGCCACUAGUUAAAAGAGCCAGAGUUAGGAUGGGUGAAGUACCAUCUUCCAGUGAGGAACAUGGUUCCUAUCAGUCUGAAGGGAAGACGUUGAGUGAUGGUCUUUUCAUCAGUCAGGAGACACAGAAUAGUGUGUCACAGGCUGAAGAAAGAACCUCUGGAGAAAUUGCACUUAAUAUGGGGAACCAGGUUUCCUCAUCUCUGAAUUCUGAUGUUGAAUUCCACAUCACUAAAGCAGUAAAUGAAACCAUGAAUCAUUUGUCACCAUCCGAGAAUAGUCAAAUCCUUGAAGGUAAUGUUCUUCUUUCAAGGGUGAAGGAUAGCCAACCCUUUGGUCAUCUGGCUGAAGGUGAAUCUGCCUUGCCUCCAAGCAAACGUCUUCAUCGGGCCCUUGAAGCCAUGUCUGCAAAUGCCGCUGAAGAGACAUCAACACCCAAAACUUGUUUCACUUACAGUGCACCAAAGGGUCUUGAAAAUAUGGAGACAGAAGAACACAGCGAAGAUUCUCUUGGCACUAGAGUUCAUGGGUUAUGUUUGAGCUCUAACGAGGCUUUGGAGGAAGGUACUAGAUCUUCAAUAAAGGCAGAUAGUUCUGAUGAAAAAAUUGAGGUUCCGUGCAGUAGUGAACCUUCCAUGAAUGAGGUGGCUGAGAACAUUAACCAUGGCAAUGAAAAAGAUCUUGAUAGACUGGGUCUUCAACCAAAUUCCAAUUAUUCUGCUGUUCAAGUGCAAACUCCAGUAAAUUUAAUGCUUGAUGCUGAUAACCAACUUGCUGUUGUCGACUCGAAUCACACACCACUGGACCAACAAUUGCUUCUGGAAGAUGGGGAACCUGAAAGCCGUGAAUCAAAUGAUAUGAAAGUGGAAACUCCUGAGAAUAAUUCAGAGAGUAGUAUUCUCCAUGCUGUUGAAGGUUCUGUAGGAAACGACCCAAAAGUGUUUCAGGUUACUGUUGAUGCAAGUAUAUGUGAUGAUGUUGAGUCACACAAUUCUAAAACUGAUGAGCAUCAACAACCUUUUGGAUGCCACAAACUUGGUAAAGAUGAUCAAAUGCUGAUGGAAGCUAGUGGCAUAACUUUCUCUUAUGACCACUGCUCUGACAAGGAUGCCAUGGGUUCUCAGCCAGCUACAUUGCCAGCUGAUGAAGAAUCUCCUGCAGGGAUGUCCCCAACAACUGCCUCUAUGUGCCAUGCGUCUACUUCGGAGAGUGCUAAUUUCAAUCAGAAUAGUGGUGGUUCUAGUCCUAAUACCAAUUCAAAUCAGAGGCAAGACUCUGGAACUACACUUACAGAUGAGGAGAAGAUUGAUUCCGGAGCACUUCAAAGACCAACAUCUGUUGGAAGAUGUAGCAACUAUGCAGAAUUACAAGCUGCAUUGUCAUCCUUCAAGGGAAUGCUUGGAUUGUUAACAAGGACGAAGGAGAGCAUUGGUCGAGCAACUCACAUUGCAAUGGACUGCGCUAAGUUUGGUGCCUCGGAGAAGGUGAUGGAAAUUCUGGCUCAUACGCUGGAAUGUGAAUCAAGUCUACACAAAAGGGUGGACCUGUUUUUCCUUGUUGAUUCUGUUGCUCAAUGUUCUCGAGGCUUGAAAGGCGAUGUUAGUGGUGCAUACACUUCUGCUAUUAAAGCAAUGUUGCCUCGGCUGCUAUCUUUUGCUGCUCCUCCCGGAAAUUUGGCUCAAGAAAAUAGGAGACAGUGUUUGAAGGUUCUGCGGCUUUGGUUGCAAAGAAGAAUUCUUCCUGAAUCCUUUAUCCGGCAUCACAUUUGGGAGCUAGAUUCACGUGGUGCAUCAACAUCUACUGCUGCAUACUCUCGCCGGUCGGCAAGAACAGAAAGGGCUCUGGAUGAUCCUAUUAGAGACAUGGAGGGUAUGCUUGUGGAUGAAUAUGGAAGCAAUUCAAGUUUUCAGCUUCCUGGAUUUUGUAUGCCUCGCAUGCUGAAGGAGGAAGAUGAAGGAAGUGAUUCCGAUGGAGGUAGUUUUGAGGCAGUCACUCCCGAACAUAAUCAUGAAGUCACCCUUGAAGAACGAGAGUUCUCUGGGCCUACAGCUCCUGAAAAGCAUACUCAUAUACUGGAGGAUGUGGAUGGAGAACUUGAAAUGGAGGAUGUGGCAGUGGAAAUGAGUUCUUCAACCAUAGAUGCUCCACACGGCCAGUUUGAACACCAUUUCCCUUCUCAAUAUGCUGCUCCACCAUUGCCGCAGGAGAUGCCGCCAUCAUGCCCCCCAUUACCAUCAUCACCGCCACCGCCACCUCCCCUGCCGCCGGCUAUUGGCCAUCAAUCCUGUGGAACACGUGAUUCCCAUGUCAGUAAUUGUCUUGAUGCAAGGCAUUACAGGAAUGCACAAUGCCAUCCAUCUGAAUGUGGUAGAGAUCAGGCAGACAUGCAGUUUGAUGACAAUUGCAAUACUCCUGGGCGUGGGAUGAACAAUGGACACCAUGUAGAUGGACCUAGCUAUCGCCACAAGUCCCAUCUUCCAAGGCCGCCACCUUAUCUACCGCCGAACCAUUACUCUUACGUGCAUGGAGGUGGCCAACAUAUCAAAUCCAGGAGGGACUCGCCCCCACCACCCCCACACCCAUCGUACUCCUCACAUAGACACCACUCGUCACAUGCUAGUGAAAAUGGCAACUUUUAUAAUAAUAAUGACAGAAUGAGACCUGGCCCGUAUGAGUUUGAUGAGAACUGGAGAUAUGGUGCACCCCCUUACCCUGGUCAUCGAUAUCCUGAAAAAUCCAGAUCAUCGUAUGAGCCUGCUCCUUAUGCAAGGCCCUCUCGCGAACCCAGGUUAGCUCAUCAUCAAGGAUGGCAAUAUCCUCCUAGGGGCGUGCAUCAUAGGGAAUUCAUGCAUUCUGAUGGUCCAGUUUCAGCGGCAAGCAGAGGUACAAACAUGUGGCGGCACAGAUAA